GAAAAUCACGGAGCUGGGACCUUACCACCCCUCUCUCCUCUCUCUCUCUCCCUCUCUCUCUCUCUGCCGUCAGCGGACUCCUUUCUCUGCACACGUCUUUCUCUGAAAUGUGUGUGUGCGCGAAGGGCAGAGAAGGAAUAAACUGUGUGUGUGCGUGUGAGGGUGCAUGUCCGGAGCAAGUAAAGGCAGGGGGAUUAUUCGGCGCUAUCGAAAUAUUUCAACACGUCGCCCUCGCUGCAGGACUCAAGCCAAUAAGAAGGAACCCAUUUUAACAGGAAUGCCGAUAUUGUAAACAGCAGCAGAAGAGAAAGAAUGCGCCGCAGUCAAUUAAGUGACUCACCCCAGUUGGUUUAAUUCGACUUGUGUCCGAAAGCCAGCGAGAAAACCGAAAGGUGUCCGAUGCGCGUCCGUCUCCGGAGAAAACCCGCGUCGCAGCACUUUUGAAGAUUAAUGGAGCUCAUUUGUGCUUUUUACUUUCCAGACUUUUGACCCAAACUCGGCAAAAAGGGACAGCAGAAAUUUCAACCUCAACUUGUGAAAAAGAAAAGCAGCGGAUGCUUGUUCCUGCCGCGUUGAAGGAGGAGUUCACAUUGAUUUCUUCCCUUUUUUUAUUUUGAACAGACUCUGUGCUCUCGGACUCGGGCUCCGCUGUUGCAACACACACACUUGUGCUCCAUUCAACCAGUUGUCAUUUGUUGCCCCGCUCUUGGAUGAACUUCCUGAUGAGAGAUCCAGUCAUACAAGGAUCAAGUAUGGCAUAUCAUCCGUUUAUACCUCACCGGGGUCCGGAAUUUGCCAUGAGUGCAAUGCUGGGGCACCAGCCUCCCUUCUUCCCGGCCCUCGCGCUGCCUCCCAGCGGCUCCCUGUCUCUGCCCGGCGCGCUGGGGAAGCCGAUCAUGGACCAGCUGAUGGGGGCCGCGGAGACCGGCCUCCACUUCUCCUCGCUGGGGCACCAGGCUGCGGCCGCCCACCUGAGGCCUCUGAAAACGCUGGAGCCUGAGGAGGAGGUGGAGGACGACCCCAAAGUCCACUUGGAAGCCAAAGAGCUUUGGGAACUCUUCCACAAGAGGGGCACCGAGAUGGUGAUCACAAAGUCCGGAAGGCGGAUGUUUCCUCCCUUCAAAGUGAGGUGCACUGGUCUGGACAAGAAGGCCAAGUAUAUACUCUUGAUGGAUAUAGUUGCAGCCGACGACUGCAGGUACAAAUUUCACAAUUCCCGCUGGAUGGUGGCAGGAAAGGCCGACCCCGAAAUGCCAAAGAGGAUGUACAUUCACCCAGACAGUCCGGCUACUGGCGAACAGUGGAUGUCAAAAGUGGUCAAUUUUCACAAACUCAAGCUGACAAAUAACAUCUCCGACAAGCAUGGAUUUGUAAGUUCAACUAAUACCAUUCUUAAUUCGAUGCACAAAUAUCAGCCACGAUUUCACAUCGUACGGGCCAAUGACAUUCUAAAACUGCCGUACAGCACCUUCAGGACUUACGUUUUUCCCGAAACCGAUUUCAUUGCCGUGACUGCUUAUCAAAACGACAAGAUAACCCAGCUGAAAAUUGACCACAACCCUUUUGCCAAAGGAUUCCGUGAUACCGGUAAUGGGAGACGGGAAAAGAGGAAACAGCUGGCCUUACAGUCCAUGCGUUCGUACGAGGAGCAGCAGAAAAAAGAAAACGGCGCAUCAGACGACUCCUCUGGUGAGCAGGCGUCCUUCAAGUGCUUCGGCCAGGCCUCGUCCCCUGCCGUGUCUACAGUGGGGCCCCCACACCUGAAAGAUUUCUGUGACAGCGACGAGGACAGCGAGGACGAGAGCAAGGAUGGACACCACAAGGACGGCCCGGACUCCAGCAAGAUCUCCACCACCACGGAGGACGGCAAGGACCACGAAGCCACCCCGGCCAAGGGGAACGCCUUCAGCAACGGGGACUCCGCUGGCCGGGCCCAGAGCGGGCCCCGGACUGAGAAAAGCCAGGCGGACUCGCGGCAGAGCCCCAUCACGCUCAUCUCCAGCACCACGCGCUCGGGAGAAGACCGCAAGAGCCCCAGUCUGGACCAGUCCAAAACGGACGAAUGUAGGUCAAUCAGCAAGGACAGCUUCAUGCCGCUGACCGUUCAGACUGACAGCGCGCACCUGGGCCACGGCCACUUGCAUAACUUCGGAUUUCCGACAGGCCUAACGGGACAGCAGUUUUUCAACCACUUAGGCAGCGCGCAUCCGUUCCUCUUGCACCCCAGCCAGUUCAGCAUGGGGGGCGCGUUCUCAAACAUGGCCGCGGGCAUGGGACCACUACUGGCGGCGGUGUCCUCGGGAGGGGUGAGCACCAUGGACACGACCAGCAUGGCAUCCCCCCCGCAGAGCCUGGCGGGGACGCCCGGCCUGCCUUUUCAUCUGCAGCAACAUGUCUUGGCAUCGCAGGGCCUCGCCAUGUCUCCGUUCGGCAGUCUGUUCCCGUACCCCUACACUUACAUGGCGGCAGCUGCGGCUGCCUCCUCCUCCGCCUCCUCCUCGGUGCACCGGCACCCCUUCCUGAACGCAGUGCGCCCCCGACUCAGGUACAGCCCCUACUCCCUCCCCAUGACGGUACCGGACAGCACGCUGCUCACCACCGCCAUGCCCUCUAUGUCCAGCACCGGAAGCGAGCUGAAGGCGGACGGCAUCGUGCCGGCCAGCCCCGCGUCCGCCGUCACGCUGGACUCCACGUCGGAGGUGACCAGCCACUCGUCCACAAUAUCCUCCGGGUCCGUGUCCAUGUCCCCGAAAACUUGCACGGACAAGGACGCGGCCAACGAGCUCCAGAGCAUCCAGCGCCUGGUCAGUGGACUGGACUCAAGUCAGGACAGGCCACGGAGCGGAUCCCCUUAGGAGCCCCCCCCCAUCCCCACCCCCACACCUUUUUUUUUUAUUUUUGUCCCGUCGUCGUCAGGAAAAGUAAAACGCGUGGACGGCUAUGAGAACAAUGAUAAGAAAACACCCUUGCAUUAUUCAAGCAGGUUUUAAAAAGAAAAGAAAACGUGAACUUUUGGACGUUUUUGGUUUCUGAAAUGCACUUUGUUAAUUACACAUCUCAUAUGUAUAUUUCCAUCCUUCUUUCUUUGUCUUUUUUGUUAAAUUAAACUCCACUUUGUUUCCCUGUCUUUGGAAUACCGUACAAGUAUUGAAACUGAAACGCUGGCAUGGGUGUGACUUAAGAAAUUGGAAUAAGUUGCUGCUGUGUCCUGUCUCCUGUAACUUUCUCGUACACAAGGAGCGAUGUUUUUUUUGGAAUAUGCACUCUGAAUUAAUUUGACUUAUUUGAGUUCACUACCGUUGGACCUACCUUUUAAAGACUGCUGUAUUGUGUUGUACGCUUUGAAUUGAUCGAUUGAACAAUUGUUGCAUGCCCUCCGAAAGCAAAUCAAACCUUACUUCAAAAAUCUAAAAAGCGAAAGGUGUGGAAAUUGUUCAGCUUUGAGUGACAUGAAAACAUUUCCUUACAUAGUAUUUUUCUCAUUUGGUUAUCAAUUUUAAAAUGGGGCUUUUCGUCUUGCCCUUUGGAAAUAAAGGGCCUACUGGAUGACUGGUGCCAUGGGACAAACCCUAAACGCCCCAGCAUGCUCAAAUUAGCCCAAAUCGUCAAAGGGAAGCAGGAAUUCAAAGUAAAUAUUAAAAAGACGAAAGGUAGUAUUACUCAUUGGUGUAAAUAGGGAUAUAUAAAAUAUUUAUGUAAUUAUUUCAUAUUGUUAUUGCGUGUAAAUAAGACGGAGUAGUUUGUUUCUAGGGAUCUGCUCUUAAUUUAUUGUCGAUAUACCUGUGUAUAGUUUGUGGACUAUUAUCCUUUUCGUUGUCAUCUGCAUUUAUGCCCCCUUUAAAAUACGACUUUGCCCCUUUUCCCACAAAGCUAGUUACUCACACUCAUGUGCCAUUGUAUUUUCACUUGCUGUCCCUGUGUGUGAAGUGCUACUGUUUAAAACAAAUGAAAAAGCGACAACACACUGCACCCAGGGCUUGAAAAAAAAUCCCCCCCCCCUUCACCUUUUUUUCAGAACUGUCGUUGAGGUGUGACAAAAGUGGAUUUUUUCCUGUUUUUCAAACAUUUUGCGAACCUGAUCGUAAAAGUGCCGCAUAAUCGAAAAUAUGAAGGUUUUUUUUGUUUGUGUGUGUGGGUGUGUGUGUUUCUUAAGUUGUCAGUGGGUUAUGUUGUAUUGGAGUUAUGUCUAGUUUACAACAUCAACAUCGUGUUCUUGAAAGUUUCAAUAAAAUAUUGAAAUGCCA